AUGAAUAAUCUCUACAAGAAAGGCAAAGUUCACCCCUCUCCGCCGUCCCUCACCCCCCACUUAUCACUGCUUCCAGCAACAAUUCUCACCCUCGCAGCUGCUCUCUCCGACCAAGACAAACAAGUCUUGGCCUACCUUAUCUCCUGCUGCGGAACUUCCACCUCCACCUCCACCUCCAACUCCAACUCCAGCAGCUGCAUCGGUCACCGGGAAACUACUAUGACGACUGAUGAUAAUCAUUUUGGCAAUGAUGGCGGCGGCGGGGACCAUGAUCCUGCGUUUGAAUGUAACUGUUUUAGUUGUUACAUGAGUUUUUGGGCGCGUUGGGACACUUCACCCAACCGUCAAGUGAUACACGAAAUCAUUGAAGCUUACGAGGAAGGGUUGCUCCAGAAGAAGAAGAGUCUGAAGAAAAAGAAGAAGAAGGAGAAAGGUAAGCGAGUGUGCGAUGAGUCAAAAGAGAAUAUUGAAGAGAUGGUGUUGAAGGAGGAGUUGGAAUCGGCGGAGAAGAAUUCGUCUGUUCAGAUUGAAGAUGUUCAGGUAGAAUCGGAGAAAGGCACUGUGAGGAAGAUUACGAGCUUCAUUGGAGAGAAAAUUUGGGGAAUGUGGAGCAGGGAUUAA